CAUCUCCGAGACACAAACUAGGGUUUUACUCAAUUCCUCUAUGCACCAUGCGGAAAUUGAUGAAACACCAGAUGAUGAUGUUAUUGAAACACCCACUGCUGCAGCUGCUGUUGUUGAUGAAACACCCAGUGCUGCAGGUGCUGUUGAUGAAACUCCCAGUGCUGCAGCUGCCGUUGAUGAAACACCCUGUGCUGCUGCUGCCGUUAAUGAAACACCCGGUGCUGCAGCUGUCGUUGAUGAAAUACACAGUUCUGCUGCCGUUGAUGAAACACCCAGUGCUGCAGCUACACUUGAUGAAAUACCCAGUGCUGCAGCUGCCGUUGAUGAAACACUCAGUGCUGCAUUUGCCGUUGAUGAAACACCCAGUGCUGCAGCUGCUGUUAAUGAAACUCCCAGUGCUGCUUCUGGUGUUGAUGAAACACCCAGUGCUGCAGCUGCCAUUGAUGAAAUACACAGUGCUGCAGCUGUCGUUAAUGAUACACCCAGUGCUGCUGCAGCCGAUGAUGAAAUACACAAUGUUGCUGCUGCCGUUGAUAAAACGCCCAGUGCUGCAGCGGCGGUUGAUGAAACACCCGCUGCUUCGGCCGUUGAUGAAACCCCCACUGCUGUUGAUGAAACACCAACUGCUGCUGCUGCUGCCAUUUAUGAAACACCCAGUGCUGCAGCUGCCGUUGAUGAAACACCCAGUGGUGCUCCUGCCGUUGAUGAAACACCCAAUGCUGCAGCUGCCGUUGAUGAAACACCCAAUGCUGCAGCUGCCGUUGAUGAAACACCCAAUGCUGCAGCUGCCUUUGAUGAAACACCCACUGACGUUGAUGAAACACCCGAUGCUGAAGCUGCCGUUGAUGAACCACUCACUGUUUAUGCUGCAGUUGAUGAUACACUCAGUGCUGCUGCUGCUGUUGAUGAAACACCCGAUUCAGCAGCUGCCGUUGAUGAAACACCCGGUUCUGCACCUGAUGUUGAUGAAACACCCAGUGAUGCAGCUGCCGUUGAUGAAACACACAUUGCUGUAGCUACCGUUGAUGAAACACCCAGUGCUGCAGCUGCUAUUGAUGAGACACCCGGUGCCGCUGUUAUCGUUGAUGAAACACCCAGUGCAGUAGCUGCAGUUAAUGAAAUACCCAUUGUUGCAGCUACCGUUGAUGAAACACCCAGCGCGGCAGUUGCCGUUGAUGAAACACCCAGUGAUGCAGCUGCCGUUGACGAAACACCCAUUCCUGCAGCUAUCAUUGAUGAAACACCCAACGCUGCAGCUGCCGUUGAUGAAACACCCGGUGGUGCAGCUACCGUUGAUGAAACACACAGUGCUGCAGCUGCUGUUGAUGAAACACCCAGUGCUCUUGCCACCGUUGAUGAAACACCCGGUGUUGCAGCCACCGUUGAUGAAACACCCGGAAUUACAGCUACCGUUGAUGAAACACCCGCCACCGUUGAUAAAACACCCGGUACAGCAGCUACCUUUGAUGAAGCACUCAGUGCUGCAGCUACCGUUGAUGAAGCACCCGGUGCUGCAGCCACCGUUGAUGAAGCAUCCGGUGAUGCAGCUACCGUUGAUGAAGCACCCGGUGCUGCAGCCACUGUUGAUGAAACACACUGUGCUUCAGCGACGAUUGAUGAAACGCCCGGUGCUGCAGUCACCAUUGAUGAAACACCAAGUGCCUCAGCUGCCGUUAAUGGAACACCCGGUGCUGCUGCUGCCGUUGAUGAAACACCCAGUGAUGCAGCUGCCGUUGAUGAAACACCCAGUGCUUCAGCUGCCUUUGAUGAAACACCCAGUGCUGCAGAUUCCGUUGAUGAAACACCCAGUACUGCUUCGGCCGUUUAUGAAACACCCAGUGCUGCAGCUGAAGUUGUUGAAACACCCAGUGGUGCAGUGGAUGUUGAUGAAACACCCAGUGCUGCAGCUACUGCGUUAAUGAAACGCCCACUGCUGCUGCUGCUGUUGAUGAAACACCCAGUGCUGCUGCUGAUGUUGAUGAAACACCCGAUUCUGCAGCUGCCUUUGAUGAAACACCCGGUUCUACACCUGAUGUUGAUGAAACACCCAGUCCUGCCGCUGCCGUUAAUGAAACACCCAGUGCUGCUGCAGCCGUAG